AUUGACAUAUGAUUCCUCAUUCAUCAUUUUGCUUUGAUAUUGCAAAUUACUUUUACUCAAAUUACUGUACUAAUAAUUGCAUGAUCACAACUAUUUUUAUGAUAAUAGAUUAUAAGAAAAAAAAACCGAUAGCAAAUGUAUUGCUUAAUAUUAAGCACAAUGGAUGUACUGGAAUUUCUCGUACAUCAAAGCUUCAUUUAUUUUACGCACAUCAUGUAUGCCCUUGCAUGUGCCAUUUACCUCACAUAACUAUUAAGUCCCUCUGUCUUUGCAUAUGAGGCAAGGGAAUGUGAAUAUAUGAGGCCCUACAUUACAGCAGUGCCUAUGGUAUUGUUCUUUCUGCAUGAAUAGCCUCUAGCUACAGGAAUUAAUUUAAUCCUCUCUUUUCACAUGUUUCAGCAUCAGUGGGCAAUCCUGGCCAGCUAAGGAAACACUGAAGAGGAUCCUCAACCAGAAAAACUGAUCUAACAACUGUAUAUGCAAAACAAACUUACAUACAUUAGAUCUUAUAUACAUUUUAUUGGCUAAGUGCAAAAUAAGACAGAAACACAUCUACAUCUCAAAUGGCCUGAGUAUAAGUACAUUUUAAGCACAUUUCUGGGUGAACUUUUCAUUUAAGUGCCAUGAGGCAAAAAAUCGAAAACCAAAAUCUCUGACUGAGUGAAGCAUGCCAUCUAAAACAGGCACAGUAAAUGUCACAGUCAGCUCAGUGGUGCAGCAAGAUGUAGAAGUCAAUUACAUGCAUGAGCUCUUUAGAUGUGGAGAGCGACAUUUUCAGGCUGCACAUUAUCAUGUCAGCGUGCAGCUCCAGACGCUCAUGGAUGGUUUUUUACCUUGCUCUGCUGGUAACACUGGUGUCCCAGAGCGAAGGAGGUUGUCAGGAUACGGGACUGUGUUGCAUUGGACAAAACCAGUCAUGUAUUACUGAAGACUGGAGGAAAGAUCGCUCCUAUGGGGAAUGUUACUGCGACCAGGCAUGCAAGACGACAUUGGACUGUUGUCACGACUAUGACCUUGCCUGUCCAGCCGUAUCCUGUGUGGUGAGUGAAUGGAGCGUGUGGUCUGGCUGUCUGGAGCCGUGUAAACCCACACUGCGCACCAGGCAGAGACAGGUGACUCGGGAAGCACAUAAUGGAGGCGAACCCUGUCCCUCUCUACAUCAGACCGCAGGCUGCGCAGAGUAUCAUGACCAGCACGGCCCCUGCCUACAAUCACUAGUCCCAGCUCUCAUCACCACGGGUGGCUAUGGAAAUGCAAGGAAAAAGAGGGAGAUUUUGGACAACAAUAUCACAAGUUACUGUGUGGAGUUCAAACUCACGUCCCUGACGGUGGGUUGUCAACACAGUUUCAGUCCACACACUCGCUGGAUGCGGUAUCUGAAAGAGGGACAUCAGGUGUGUGUGGAGUGCCAGCCACCAGCACUGGCCCAGGGCCAACGCUUCUGCGCCGGGGAUGGGGAGAACACGGGACAGGACGGGAGCUUGUCUCUGCAGUGGCAGGCCGUGGGGAAUUCUCGGUGCAGAGGGCUGUGGAGACGGGUCCGUCGACGAGACUCCUGUUCCUGUCCUACUGUACACAGUUUUCUCUUCAUCUAACUCGCACGCUUCAAUCAGCCUAAACAGGGUCAUGAAAUUUCACACUUUUAAAGAAGUGAUGGUUGAAUGUGCAGAGAUUAUUUUGGUAGCUCAAACCAGCUCUAGGCUUGUAUGCCAAAUGAUACAGUUGAUACCUCAUUACAGUACGUUAUCAAGAAAAGAUUCAAUAUUAGUCACAGUUAAUUCCCAUUUAUACAUAAAAGACUAAUGCUAAUGGCCAUCAUAUUACGAUUAAAGGAACAAUUCACCCAAAAAUGACAAUUUGCUCACAAUUCCCUCACCCUCAGGCCACCUAUGAUGUAGAUGGGUUUGUUUCUUCAUCAGAUUUGGACAAAUUUAGCAU